AUGCCAUACAAGGCUGAGGCAAUGGACAGGUUCCAUCAUGUUUCAGGUCUUACGUAUUCUGACUUCUGGCGAAACAUUUCGGAGCGCCCAUUGCCAAGGUCGAAGGCUUGGCGAUGGUACGUAGAACUCACCGUGUCAGAGAAGAACCUGUUGUGGGGGAUACAAGGAGGAGCUUAUAAAUACGUAGAUAAACAAGCAAAUCGGACGAGUGACCAUCUGGAAAUAACCUACUAUAAGGUGGACCGAUCGAAAGUAAAGGAGUUCGAGUCUGCAUGGAACGAAUCAGCUCGGCUGGCUCAGCGACAACGAGGUUAUGAAUGGACGCGAAUGUACAAGGCAAUUGCUUGGGAGCAGUCGCCUUUCCAAUACCUGUGUAUGCGAAUGUGGUCGCAGAAAGUUGAUAAGGAUUAUUUCCUGAGACAUAAUAAGAAGAUUUAUGACGAAUUGGAAGGGCGAAUUGAAGCGGCAACUGAAGGUAAGGAGAUGAAUGUUUACAAGUAUGUCGUUGACGAUUCCAUUGUGAGAGUCAUUCAAUGAUCCUUGUAAAUACUGUGAGGCAUGUUUCAGG